UCUUGCGUGACGGUUCAAACAGUUUAGUUCGUCUGCGAAGUUGAUGGGAUUCGGUAUGGCUUUGAGCGAGCUCAGUUACUCUUGAAUUGAGUAUUUGAAUAGGAUAAUUGCGAAAUUCGUUGUUUGCCUUCAGCUUCGGCAAAUCGGCUUACUAAACGCUCGCUCGCACAGAUCUUGUGACUAACAGCGGUUGUGUACAAGGAAACGCUGAAACAUAUUUUUAUCACUUUAUUGUGUUGAAGCUGCGCAAACGCAUUUUGAAUUAGUCGGAUAGCUGGCAAAUUAACUUAAGCCAAGUUCAACACAGUUGUUUGUUAUUUAGAUUUUGAAAACUAAAAAAAAUAUUGAUUGACAAAGUUAGUAUACGUCUAAGUCAAAUCCAAGAGUCAACUCGAAUCAAGCAUACUUGUGACUAGAAUCAAGUUUAUAUUCUGCAUAAAAUGGCCCAAACCGUCUCCGCUCAAGAUGCCGCAUCGGUCAACAGAUACCGUGGGCCAGAUGCUUACACUUUCAGUGACUCUUUGGCACUAACAAGUUUCGGUAAAUUUAAUUACUUUUUAAUUGGCAUCUCCGGCAUGGUGCUGGCCACAGUCUUGCUGGAGACGGCCGCAAUGGGCUUUAUUUUGCCCAUCGCUCAAUGUGAUCUAAAACUUACGAAUCAGGACAAGGGUGUGCUUAGUGCGAUCAGUUUUUUGGGUAUUAUUUCGAGUUCUCAUUUAUGGGGAUUUUUGGCAGAUACAAAGGGCCGCCGCAGAGUUAUCAGGCCCACCCUGCUGGCAGGAUUUGCAGUUACUGUUCUCUCAAGUUUCGCCAUCAACUUUUGGAUUAUGGUUCUACUACGUUUCAUCAACGGAUUUUUUGUAGCUGGCUCUGCAACAGUUUACGCCUAUCUCGGCGAAUUUCAUACAGAUAAGACACGUUCGCGCGCAAUUAUGGGAUCUUCAUUCAUAUUCGCCAUCGGUGCGAUGAUUUUGCCGAUGAUCGCCUUUUUAGUCAUAAAUCAAGAAUGGAUUUUACCGUUAACGUUUCUGGGUAUCGACUACAAGCCAUGGCGUUUGUUUUUAAUUGUAUGCGGCAUACCAGGAUUCCUUUGUGGCCUAUCACUAUUUGCGUUACCCGAGAGCCCGAAGUUUCUACUCGCUAUCGGAGAGGAGAAAAAAGCAAUUGAGGUGUUGCAGAAAAUGCAUCGCUGGAAUGGCGGCGGGCAACCACUGAUUAUUACACAUAUUCUGCCGGAUGAUCACAGCAGCAUUUCAACGCUACAAUUUAAUAGCAAAUUUGAUUCGAAUUCGAAUUUCGCGCUUGUCUUUUUACAAACGAUGUGGAAUCAAACUGCGCCACUGUUUCAGCGUAAAUAUUUGCGAAUCACAAUGAUCGUUUGCAAUAUGCAAUUCUGGUUGUACGUUGUUACUAAUGGGCUGUAUAUGUGGUUCCCGCAUACCAUCAACAGCAUGGCAGCAUACAUGAAUGAACAUCCUGGCGAGCAAAAGAAAAUUUGUGAAAUUGUGUAUGCACAGCAAGAAAGUAUUUAUAAAACUGAUGGAACCAUCGAAUGUAUUGCCAAGUUGGAAAACACUACCUAUUAUUAUUCGCUUGUUAUGGAGAUACUCUAUGCCAGCUCAUUUGCAUUUUUCGGCUUUAUAAUAAAUCGUGUGGGCAAAAUAUUAAUUCUUUUUGUUACCACAAUAUUCUUUACAUCCUGCGGUUUAACAUCGGUUUUCAUAGUCGACCCAUCCAUUGCCGCUUACCUCUAUGUGCUCUUUUUCCUGGUAGGCGUGGCCAUCAAUGUGCUCAGUGCAGCAACAGUGGAUUUUUAUCCAACACACCUGCGUGCCAUGGCUGUGUGUAUAUCGCUUAUGGUGGGUCGAUUGGGCAGUGUUAUCGGUGCAAAUGUUGCUGGCGCCUUGAUGGAUCAUUACUGUGAAUUGAAUUUCUACAUCGCAUGUGGAGCGAUGUACAUUUGCGCUCUACUCGCUCUUCUACUGCCGCGGAAGAGUGCCGAUGAGAAGGGGAAAAGUGAAUCGUGAUCGUCAUAGAUGUAACCGUAUUUUGUACUUUAAUUAUAUGUAUGCAUGUAUAUGUAAAUAUGUGUAUAUUAAAGGAUAUAGGAUAAGUACAUUUUCAUGCUUAUGAUUAUUCAUACUAUGUUUUUUAAAAUUGUUGAAGCUAUUACGGUAAAGUGCAUUUGUUGUUCGAUAUUGUUAGUGUUAAAAAAAAUGUAAUAUGGCAACUUUUUUUUAGGCUAUGUAUUUUAAAAACUUUUCUACUCAUUCCUUACAUCAGAAAUGCAUAAUUUAUUUGUAGAAGAUAAGUUAGAUAAAAAAACUUAUAUUUAAGUUCCUAUUCUUAUUGAUCUUUUAAGUGAAUCUAAUAAUUUGCUUUUUCGCAACUGUUAAAAACGCAUGCAUUCUAAAUCACAAUUGUAAAGAAAAUUUCAAAAAAUCUUGCAUGUACUGGAAGUAGAAAAAUGUGGUUAAUGAAAGAAGUUCAAACGAAAAAUAAAUUUUUAUAAAA